CCUCGUCUCUGGAAAUAUUCUCUAACCUUUGCUCGUCUUCCAGAUAUUGUUCUGAGGAGUAACCAUGAGAAUAGCCAUCUUGUUCGGUCUGGUGGCCAUUGCAUCGGCCGAGGUAUUGCCAUCCACCUCCUAUGGAGCCCCGGACGGAGGAUUCUCAAACGGUUUUGGAGCUCUCAACGGAGCCUCAAACAACGGUUUUGGUGCCCCAAGUAAUGGUUACUCUGCACCAAGCAACACCUAUGGCACGCCCAACGGCGCCUACGGAGUAGACCCUGAGAUUGCCGCUUUGUCCGAGAACAUUCCCGGGGGCGGCGUCCCCGGCGAGGACUACCCCAUCUUGGCUUCCGUGCCCGACACCGGCUUCUCCUGCGAUGCCGUAGCGGUGCAAGGUUAUUACGCCGACACUGCAGCUGAAGCCGGCUGCCAGGUGUUCCAUAUCUGCCAGGACCGCGCCCUCAGGCGCCAACAGGACUCGUUCCUGUGCCCCAACGGUACCAUCUUCAACCAGCAGUACCUGGUAUGUGACUGGUGGUUCAACGUGGACUGUUCUCAAGCUGAGAGCUUCUACUCCGUCAACGAACUCAUCGGAGUCGUUCCCGACGCCGCCAACGGCAACGGAGCCAACGGAAACGGAAGGAACGGAGCUAAUGGAUACGCUUCCAAUGGCAACGGAAGGAAUGGCAAUGGAGUCUCCAAUGGCAAUGGCAGGAACGGCUAUGCUGCUAAUGGCAAUGGAGCGAACGGUGCCAAUGGAAAUGGUCUCAACGGCAAUGGGUAUGGAAGAAGCUCACUCAAUGGCAAUGGAAAUGGAAACGGAUAUAACGGCAAUGGUGCAAAUGGUAAUGGCAACGGCAAUGGUGUUAACGGCAAUGGAAGAAGUGCCCUGAAUGGCAAUGGAAACGGGUACAAUGGUAAUGGCAACGGCAAUGGUGCAAAUGGCAACGGAAACGGAUACAGUGGCAAUGGCGCAAAUGGGAAUGGGAAUGGUGUUAAUGGCAACGGAAACGGAUACAACGGUAAUGGAAAUGGCAACGGUGUCAACGGCAAUGGAAGAAGCGCCCUGAAUGGCAAUGGAAACGGAUACAAUGGUAAUGGCAACGGCAAUGGUGCAAAUGGCAACGGAAACGGAUACAGUGGCAAUGGCGCAAAUGGGAAUGGGAAUGGUGUUAAUGGCAACGGAAACGGAUACAACGGCAAUGGUGCAAAUGGCAACGCCAAUGGCAACGGAAACGGAUACAAUGGCAAUGGUGCAAAUGGCAACGGCAAUGGCGCUAAUGGCAACGGAAACGGAUACAAUGGCAACGGUGCAAAUGGUAAUGGCAACGGCAAUGGAAGAAGUGCCCUGAAUGGCAACGGAAACGGAUACAACGGCAAUGGAAGCGGCAAUGGUGCUAAUGGCAAGCUCAACGGCAAUGGAAGAAGCGGUCUGAAUGGCAACGGCAAUGGCAACGGCGCCUCACCCUUGCCCCCCAGCACCAACGGCGUCGCCAGCGCCCCCUCGGCCUCCUACGGCGCCCCCCUCUGA